AUGGCUCUGGCAGGCGCACUUCUAGGAGUAGUGGUUCUCUUCUCUGAUGUGUGCAAGACCUUCGGCAGUGGUGUGUUUCAGACUUUCAAUGGGACCCUGUUCCACGUGAAAUCCACGUGUCCCUUUACACUGACUCGGUUCACGUUUGCGGGGGUUGACUGUUCCAUCACUGUGCAGCGUGAACCAACUGGCCUGAUGAACAGGGUAGUGAUCUUGGUCAAUAAAGUUACUACCAUUCUUCAGAAUGGCGUGGUCAGUGUGGAAGGAAACAGGAUCACCCUUCCCUUUGACCACACUUAUCAACAUGUGUACCAGUAUGGGAUCUACAUCAUGCUUAAGAGCAAGGUUCUGCCCUUUUCUGUCACCUGGCUCAGUUCAUCUGGGGGCAUCAGUUCAAUCUCGGUACAACUGAACCAGGGCUUAGUAGAAGGAAUGACAGGAAUGUGUGGCCGAAUAAACAGCACAGAAAACGUAUGGCAACUUGUGUCUACCAAUGGCAUCUCUGAUGGCAAAUGUGUGACUGAGGAUUACAAACAGAACCCUACAGUAGAAGACUGUGAGGUCAUGUCUUAUGCCAAGGAAUGCCGGCUCAGUAAAUUUGACACAUACAUGCAGCUGUGCCUGCAGAACAUGUUCCCCAAAGUAAACAUCAACGCAAAGUGUGCUUUUAUUAAAGAGAUUGUUUACCUCUGCGGGAAUAAGACUCACCUGUGGUCACUGUGGAGAAAGAUAACCUUGUGUCAGGAGCCUUCCUGUCCCGGAGACCUGACGUACCAGGAGCUGGGUCCUGCCUUUCCACCCACCUGCUCCAACCCCCAGCCUAAUUCAGAUGCCCUAAUCAACACAUGUCUGCCACCAGCAGGCAUGGUCGUGAAUGAUCGAGCUGACGACUUCCGCUCCGUUAGGGUGACGGACUGUCCAUGCGUGCACGGGGGGAAGACAUACGCACCGGGACAAAGCAUCAUCUCCAAGUGCCAGUCAUGUGUGUGCAAGGAAGGUAAGUGGGUGUGUUCCCCUAAUGCCUGUCCUCCUCGGUGCAUCAUUGAAGGCCAGGUCGUCACCACCUUUGAUGGCAAACAGUAUUCUCUGCCUGGAAAAUGCACUUAUGUGGCUGCAAAGGGACUCAGCUGGACUGUGACCAUCAAGUUUUCUCACACAGAUAUGUCUAUAGAAGAAAUGAACCUUGAUGUGUACAAUGAGAGAUAUACGUUUGCUCCAGAUGGCGUAAAACUAGGAGACAUUAGUAUCGCUGAUCUGUCUCAGACUGAGCAUGCCACCGUCUUCUGGCAGUCAUCCAUGUUUGUCCAGGUGCGAACAUCCUUUGGCAUGAAGAUGCAAGUCCAGGUGUCUCCAGAAAUUCAGCUUUAUUUGUAUAUGCCACCAACUGAAAGGACUAAAGGCCUUUGUGGAACAUAUAACAACAACACGGAAGACGACUUCACCACGAGCAGCGGCAUCAUAGAAAAUUCCGCUCGGCCUUUUGCCUCGUCCUGGACGGUGGGUGUGUGUAGCCUGGACGACCUUCCCAUCUGCAUGAACACCAACAAUGAGAUAUUUGCUGAAGAUAAGUGUGCCCAGUUGACAAACACAAGUGGUGUGUUUGCCAGUUGCCAUGACUAUGUGCCUGUUAACACCAUUGCUAAGGCCUGUGUUCAAAGGAUCUGCCAGUGCACUUCUGGACUACAGAAAUGCCUGUGUGUUGCCCUUGGCAACUAUGCUAAAGCCUGUGCCAGUCAGGGGAUUGAUGUUGGUGACUGGAGAGCAGCAUCCAGCUGCAGUAUGACCUGCAGGGGAAACCUGAGGUUCAGUUACACCACGCAGGCCUGCAACAGGACCUGCCGCUCACUCUCCGGUCCUGACCCUGCCUGCGAGGCACCAGGCGACCCCGUGGAGGGAUGCAGCUGCCUGCAGGGCUCCCACCUCAACGCACCGGACAAGUGCAGCCCGCGCGCCCUCUGCCUGUGCCACUACCCAGGGGGAACUGUGCCACCAGGAGCCCACGUCAUCGACGGACGAAAGUGCACGUGUGAAGAUGGAAAUCUCCAGUGUUCUAAAGCAUGCGACUGUCCACAUGGAAAAGUAUGUGUGCACUGUACCCAAGCACCAGUGCUGACAACUCAAAAGACCUGCAAAAGCCUGAGCCAACCACUGAGUCAUGAGGAGAACUGCACCAGUGGCUGUUACUGUCCAGAAGGCCAGUAUGAGGAUCACAAUGGCAGCUGUGUGACUAAGGACAAAUGUACGUGUGAAUUCAGUGGGGCUGUUUAUUCAUCAGGCCAGAGCGUGGAGUCAAACUGCAGAUCCUGUGUCUGUGUUGGAGGGAAGUGGGACUGUAAGGGUGAACCAUGCCCAGGGGUCUGUGAGGUGUUUGGCAAUGGACAAUACAGCACCUUUGACUCUAAAUGGUACCGCUUUGAUGGCCAUUGUCAGUACACACUCGUUGAGGAUGCCAGUGGACUGUACCAGUUUGCUGUCAGAGUGGAGAGUGUUCCUUGCUGUGACGAAGCCUUGACCUGCUCCCGCUCCAUCUCAGUAGAGCUCCAGAAGGAGGUGACGCUCACCCUGCGUGAUAUGAACGUGACCCAGAAGAUGCAGGCUGGUUGGCAUCUGCGGACACAGCCACUGUACUCUGUCCACACUGUGGGCCUCCACAUCAUCAUCACGGUACCAGAGCUGGGGCUCACUGUGGUCUGGGACAAGCAGACCAGAGUCAAAGUCCAGCUGCAGGCCAGGUGGAAAGGUCGAGUUCGCGGUCUGUGCGGCAACUUUGAUGGUAAAGUGAUGAACGACCUGCUGACAAGUAGCUCCUCAGUGGUGUUCGGCACACUGGAGUUUGGGAAUAGCUGGAAGGCGGCUGUGCCGCCCUGCUCGGACGCGACCCAGGAAGUGUUUCCCUGCCAGCGCCAUUCCUACUGCUCAGCCUGGGCCCAGCGGCGCUGCAUGAUCAUGCACAGUGACACAUUCAAAGACUGCCACCUAAAGGUGGAUCCUGCACCAUACUAUGAGGCCUGCGUUCUGGAGUCAUGCUCCUGUGAGUUUGAAGGGAAGUUUCUGGGCUUCUGCACAGCUGUGGCUGCUUAUGCUGAGGCCUGCAGCACACAAAAUGUCUGUAUCAACUGGAGAACCCCAGACUUGUGCCCGGUGUAUUGUGACUAUUACAAUGAAGAGGGCCAGUACAGCUGGCAUUAUGAGCCCUGUGGUCAGAUCAAGACCUGUGGGAAAAACAAUGCCUUUACUGGAAAACUUGAAGGUUGUUACCCAAGAUGCCCUCCGGAGAUGCCGUUUUAUGAUGAGAACACAAGGCAGUGCUCCAGUUUGGACAGGUGUACCUGUUACUUCAACAGCACAGUCAUUGGACCUGGUGAUAGCAUAACUACACCCAAUGAAUGCUGUAAAUGCACUGGGGGGAACAUUGUUUGCGGGCUUUGUUCAGCUACACGACUAUUCAUUCCAGAACCUACAACCAAAGUACCGAGAACUGAGAAAUCUACAGAGACUCCAGUAUAUAUAAACACAACUAAUGAAACCACACAAACAACUACAACAUCAACAACCCCCCAAAUCCUUACAAGAACCACUAAAUAUAUAACUUUGCUAACUACAUCUACACCAGUAAAAAUCACAAAAUUAACUCCAGAGAACAGAGGCACAAGAGAAUUUACAAUCAAAUAUACAACUCCACCAACUACAAGAAUACCAUUGACAACCACUACAUCAACAAUUCAAUUUUCAACUCCACUAACUACAACUACACCAAUGAUAACCACAUCAACAACCCCACACAUCACAAUAACAACUGAAUAUACCUCUACAACAUCAACCCCACACUUCACAAACACAACAGAGGAGCCUAUAACUACAUACAACAGAAGAGCCUACAACUACAGUAACUACAACUAUUCCAUUAACAACCUCUACAACAACCCCACACAUCACAAGUACAACAGAAGAGUCUACAACUUCAGUAACUACAACUAUACCAUUAACAACCUCUACAACAUCAACCCCACACAUCACAAAUACAACAGAAGAGCCUACAACUACAGUAACUACAACUAUUCCAGUAACAACCUCUACAUCAACCCCACACAUCACAAACACAACAGAAGAGCCUACAACUCCAGUAACUACAACUAUUCCAUUAACAACCUCUACAAUGACCCCACACAUCACAAAUACAACAGAAGAGCCUACAACUCCAGUAACCUCAACUAUACCAGUAACAACCUCUACAACAUCAACCCCACACAUCACAAGUACAACAGAAGAGUCUACAACUUCAGUAACUACAACUAUUCCAUUAACAACCUCUACAUCAACCCCACACAUCACAAGUACAACAGAAGAACCUAUAACUACAGUAAUUACAACUAUACCAUUAACAACCUCUACAACAUCAACCCCACACAUCACAAAUACAACAGAAGAGCCUAUAACUACAGUAAUUACAACUAUACCAGUAACAACCUCUACAUCAACCCCACACAUCACAAGUACAACAGAAGAGUCUACAACUACAGUAACUACAACUAUACCAGUAACAACCUCUACAACAUCAACUCCACACAUCACAAGUACAACAGAAGAGCCUACAACUCCAGUAACUACAACUAUUCCAUUAACAACCUCUACAUCAACCCCACACAUCACAAGUACAACAGAAGAGCCUAUAACUACAGUAAUUACAACUAUACCAUUAACAACCUCUACAUCAACCCCAUACAUCACAAGUACAACAGAAGAGCCUACAACUUCAGUAACUACAACUAUAUCAGUAACGACCUCUACAACAUCAACCCCACACAUCACAAGUACAACAGCAGAGCCUACAACUCCAGUAACUACAACUAUACCAGUAACAACCUCUACAACAACCCCACACAUCACAAGUACAACAGAAGCCUCAGGUUUUGCAUGAACCUGAUGAGAAACCAAACUUGGCCCAGUGGUACAGAGUGGACAGAGGAUUGCUUCAGGAAAGCCUGCAGGAACGGUGUGAUCGAGAUGAGACCUGUCACAUGUCCACCUCAGAUCAUUCCUCAGUGUCCCCGAGAUCUGAUGCUGCAGGUGAAAGAUGAGCAGGGCUGCUGUGACAUCUGGCAGUGCAACUGUCAGUGUGAUGUCUAUGGAGACCCUCACUAUGUGUCCUUUUCUGGAACUUCCUUCGACUUCAUGGACAAUUGCACCUAUGUGCUGGUGGAGGAGAUAAAGCCACGUCACCAUCUCAGCAUUGUAGUGGAUAAUUACUACUGUAAUUCUGAACUGUUCGGCUCCUGUGCCAAGGGCAUCAUUCUGAAGUACCUUGGCAGCGUAGUCACGCUCCAAGUAAAUGACAAUGAGUACACAGUGGAGGCUACUCUGAAUGACAGAGUGGUGCAGCCACCCCACGAAGAGAACGGCAUUAGGUUUGAGAGCGGGGAUUACCAGGUGUCCGUCUACAUCGAUGAGAUCCGCUCUCGGGUCUCUCUUACUCCAGCCAAUACACUCGAGAUCAUUCUGGCGAUGGAACACUUUUAUGAGAACACUCAGGGACAGUGCGGCAUAUGUGGGGGCGCCUCAUGUGUGCGCAGGAGCGGUCAGAUAGAGAGCGAUGACUGCUGUGAUAAGACGGCAUAUCAUUGGAUAGAAGAGGACCCUGCGAAGCUUUACUGUGCCCAUGCCCCCAGGAACGUCCCCUGUAGUCCCGUCAGCCCUUCGACCAUGCCGAGCUUGCCUCCCACUACACCAAGCUGCGUGGCUCCUCUCUGUGACCUCCUCCGGCAUGAAUUAUUUCACGAAUGUGCCAAGAAUAUUGAUAUGGAGGUCCUGGUGCAGAACUGCAGGUUCGAUUACUGCUUGGCCAGGAGUAAGAGCAGCAUGUGUUCACCACUGGAGCACCUGGCAGAGCAGUGCAAGAAGAUGGGCUUCUGUGUCUACUGGAGAAACCUCACCAAUGGAAUCUGCAAUGUCACAUGUCCGGAGGGGAUGAAUUUCGAUGAAUGUCACCGCACCACAAAUGAUGUCUGUCAUGGCGGAGUGCGUGUGCCAGGGAAAGUCAUGGAUAAUUUCCACUCUGGAUGCUUCUGUCCAGACAACCAACUUCUUGCAGACAAACACAAGAAGAUCUGUGUUUCCGAAUGCACCAACUGCAGAGGUCCACUGGGAGAACCCAUGCCGGUUGGAGCAACAUGGGAGUCAAACUGCCACGUAUGCACAUGUAACAACCAGACCCAGACUGAAGAGUGCUGGCCAAAGCCUCCAGCUCCGACCCCCACAUGCAGUGAGAACUCCACUCUAGUCUUGGACUGCUGCAACAACCAGAUAUGUGUUGAGAAGACUUGUGAGUACAAUGGAAAGACAUUCAAGGUCGGUGAUGUGUGGACAGACCAGUUGGAGCCCUGCAUUACGCUACACUGUACGAGCGCAGGCACUGAAAUUGAGAGGAGAGUGUGUCCCCAGCAGAGCUGCUCUGAGGGACUCCGCGUUUGGGAUGAGGAUCAGUGCUGCUAUACAUGCAACAUAACCUGUUCAGUCCAAGAGUCCAGAAUGACCGUGAUGGUAGAAAACUGCAAACAGGAAGUGACACUGCCCAUCUGUGAAGGCUUCUGUCAAUCACACUCCAUGUGGGUGAGGUCCGGAGAGGUCCUACAGCUGCAGCAGGACCCACAGUGCUGCCAGGAGAGCAGCUAUGAGAUCAGGCAGCUUUCCCUGAGCUGCGGAGGAGCCAUGCCAACCAGCUACUCCUACAAACACAUCACCGGCUGCGAGUGCAAGUCCGCCAGCUGACGUCCCCACGUCUUCAAAGCACCACUUUAGUGCAGGAGAAUGAGCUGGCGUGACCUACGCGGGCUGUCGCCAGUUUUGUUUAUAUGAUCAGUUUUAAGUGAUAAUUGAGACCGUAGAUUAGAGCUGGUUUCCUGCUCCACCUUCUGUGUGGUGUUUUCUGCUUCCUGCUGUUGUGGCUCAGAUUCCCAUCCGGAAGUGCUGUGCUGCACCUUGUUCUUUGGAAGAUGAUUAAAUACACUUGUGGUAUUUACAUACUGGAUGUGUUUACCGUUAAAGACCAUGGAGUAAUGGAAAGUGAAAUAAUCGUUAGAUAACAGCAUUGAUUUACUCAUAUGGGAUGCACAUUACCUAUUACCUGUCUUGAAUUCUUUCUACUCUUAAUCUUAAAAUAUCACAGUCAUUUUUGUUUUG